CGAUCACUAAGUCAACAUGAUCAGACCUCUUCUCAUUGUCACUGUCCCACUAUUCUGGAUCACAGGUAAUUUAAGCAACAGUUAUUUAGUAGUUCCCUACAAUACGUAUUAAACAUGAAAGUGUAGCAAUUUGCAUUAAUGUGUACAAAUAAUUACUAAUCAAAGGUUUUCUGUAAACUUGAGAAAUGGUGGUACAAUCCUUUGUUAUGUACUGUAAAAUAAAAGUAAUGUUCUCUCUCUCCCCACAGGUGUCUCUCUCAGUAAAUCAGUGUCCCAGUCUCCCUCCGCGUUGCUGGUAAAGCCUAAUACUUCUGUCACACUCAACUGCAGUCAUAAAAUCCCCAGCUAUAACACUAUCCUCUGGUACCAGCGUUCUGUGGGAGACACGGCCCUAAACCUCAUAGCGUAUACAUACUAUAAAACCCCUACAGUUGAACCCCCAUAUAAAGGUUAUUUUGAUGUGAAAGGAGAUGGAGAGAAUGAUGCCUACCUUAAUCUCCUCAAACUGAGACAAGCUGAAGACAGUGGGGAGUAUUUCUGUGCAGCCAGUCUACACAGUGGUGCAGAGACCAAGUCUACUCUACAAAAACCUCUACCUUUCAGAUCCAUCUGACACUAUAUCAACACACCUGCAUUAAACCAC